UCUUUAAUUUACAAUCGAACAUACUUUAUUUCAAGGGCUUACGCUCCCUUCACAGCGACAUCAUAUAUUGACACUAGUAAAAUUAAGACACUCUGCACGGAAUUAUCACUCUAUUUCAACUUCGCAACGAAAAAAGAUUACAAUAAUUUGAAACAGAGUUUUCAUUUCAUUAUGCGUGAUUGUGACAAUAACAACGGCAGAACUGCUGAUGAAAGCAAUACACAGACAUCUGAUGAAUUGAGCCGUAAAACAAGCUGUUUAUUACGUUCAGUGAUCAUUUACUUUCGUUCCAUGUCAACUGGUGAGGAAUCUUUACGUCAGACAUAUUCACAUGUUUUACAAGAUAUACUAAAGUGCAUUAUUAAUAAGAAAAUCAAUGUUAUACAUUUUGAAACUAGACCUUCAUUCGCUUCAUUAUCUGCAUGUGAUGAAGAGGCUCAGUAUUCUUGUUUGGUUACCAUGGAAACAAGCAAAGAAGAAGAUCUAGAUUCUCUCUACAGCGAAUUACGCAGUUUUCGUUUUAUUUCUACAAUAAAUAUAAUGAGUAGUGGACAGAACCCUCAAGCAGUCUGGUAUCCGAAACAUAUUUCUGAUCUGGACAACUGUCAGCACCUACUACUGAAAUUUGAACCAGAAUUACAAACAGAUCAUCCUGGUUUUCAUGAUCCGGUCUAUAAGCAAAGAAGAAAGCAGAUCGCUGAAAUAGCGUUUAAUUACAAAUACGGUGACCUCAUACCUGAAGUACAAUAUACUCAAGAAGAAAUAGAAACUUGGGGAGCAGUUUAUACAAGAAUGAAAUCUUUACACAGCACAAAGGCAUGCAAAGAAUAUAUAGAAGGAUUUCAACUCUUAGAAAAAUAUUGCAAUUAUAAUUCAAAGCUUAUACCUCAACUCAGAACUGUCUCAGAAUUUAUGCAUAAAACAUCGGGAUUUCGUAUUCGACCUGUAGCUGGUUUAGUGACACCAAGAGAUUUUCUUGCAAGUCUGGCGUUUCGAGUAUUUCAAAGUACUCAGUAUAUACGUCAUCAUUCAAGACCUUUACAUACACCUGAACCAGAUUGUAUUCACGAAUUAAUCGGCCAUAUUCCUAUGCUGGUAAACAGGAAGUUCGCUGAUUUCUCUCAAGAAAUCGGUCUUGCCUCAUUGGGUGCUUCAGAAGAAGAAGUCAGCAAAUUGUCAACAUUAUACUGGUUUACGGUGGAGUUUGGUCUGUGUUAUGAGAAUGGUGAAACACGUGCCAUGGGAGCCGGAAUUAUGUCAUCCCCUGGUGAAUUAGAGAAUGCUUUCAGUGAGGAUUCGGUGAAAGAACCACUUGAUAUCAAUAAAGCAGCUGUACAAGUCUACGAUGAUGUUGGUUAUCAACAGAUAUAUUUUGUCACUCAGUCUGUUCAGUCAAUGAAACAGGCGCUUAGAAAUUAUUUGAAUACCACUACAAAACAUACAGUGGCAGUUUAUGAUGCAGUUACGGAAACUGUUCACAUGAAGUCAAGAUAUUUACUUCGACAAGACAUGUUACAUCAUAUCAAAGAUGAUAUUGAACAAUUACAUGAAUUGUGUAAUCCUGUAAAAUCAGUGGCAACAACAACAUAAAGACAUGAGAAACAAAUCUUUAUUAACUUUCGUGUGUUUGUUCAAUGUUCAGUUUUUCACCUUUCAACAAUCACAGUUUCAUUAACUCACAUGUAAUUUUUUUGCAAAAACAUUCGAAUUUACUGAUAAGUAAGGCAUCUUUCAUUUCUGUAACCGUUAAUAAUUACUUCGCUUAAUUCAAGCCGCUGCUCCUGUUGCUUACAAAUAUAUAUAUUGAGAAUUUUUAUGGUGUUAUAUCUAAUUUCUGUAUUCUUUCAAGCUUAAUUAGUUUAAAUAGUCAUAAUAUUCAUUUAUAAUAGUACUAAAACUACUUUUAUACCUAAAUUGUCAAAAUAUUCUCUAUUGAUGGAUGUAUUUUAAUUUUUAUGUGAACUUAAUUAAAUAAACUCUUAUCUUUUCAUAAGCAUACAUUAGGCUGCACAAUCCAGAAAAGUCUGUGUACGACCAUUUAAAAAGAAAACCAAAACAUGGCCAUGGUAGAGAAUAGACACAAUAGUUAAAUGACCCUGAAACAACUAAUCAGAUCGUUGCCAAGCAUGACAAAGGGAUGCUUUUAACAUAAUCUUCGUUGCAGUAAUCAUUCUAGCUAUAAUUUUCU